ACAUAUCUACAUCAAUGGCUGGGAAGAAGAAACUAAGCCAGGAGUCCUAUAUACGGUCUCUUCCGUAUUCUGCUCUACGCUACAUGGCCAUGCAACUUGAUAUAGAUAGCAGAUGGAAAAUUUUGGCCACUUUUAUCCCAAAACGAUUGUCCAACAGACUAUCUAGUGGCGAGUUUCAAGAGAGAUAUUCCACACUGCAGAUAGACAUGUUCGAAGUAAGAGGGAGACAACCAGGUGCAAGUCCUACACUUCUCAUUCUCAACGAUUGGGCCACUCAGAACGCGCAACUAAAACACUUACUCGAGGUAUUUGAGAAAGCCAAACUCACGGCAGUUGCUGAUUACUUACUGGAUCAAAUGGAUCAGACAAAACCAGCAAAGGUGACAGAUAUGUCUAACAGAAACAACACAGAUGCUACGCUAUCCUCUCUCUCUGCAAACAUGUCUGGGAUGGAGAUCAUCAAAAACAACAAUGAUGAUCCCAAAAAUGGUUUGUACAAAGAAAAACAUAUUUCUGAUGACUUCAUGUCUAACAGUACUGACCAGUUGUCCAGUAGUGGUUCAGAGAGAGAGACAUCUUACGAGUUUACAAGCAAGCCUUCUGUUGACCUAGAAGCUGGUAAUUACAUCUGUAAUAAUGCCGUCUCUCUCAAAGAUAACAAACAUGUUUGUGUGCCUGUAUGUCGAUCCCCAUCUCUGAAAAGCACAAAGGAUAUUCCCAAGCCCUGUUUCUGUACUUCCUCACGAGAAAUGAGUUACGCCAUGCUCCAAAACUUUACCAAGAACUUUGCAGAGUUAGAUGUGGCAAAAGGAGGUAAAAUGAUUGGUUGCGGUGGAUUUGGAGUCGUUUUUAUCGCUGAAUCACCUCAUGGCUGCAAAGCUGCCGUAAAACAGCUGCGUCAUCCUGGCGAUCCGUUGAUGGAAAAACAGUUUCAAACAGAACUGGAAAAGUUGUCUAAAUUCCGCCAUGAAAAUAUUGUGUCUUUGCUUGGUUAUUCUAUUGAUGGUUCUAAGAAGUGCUUGGUUUAUGAUUACAUGCCGAACGGGUCUCUUGAGGAACGGCUUUGUUGCUUCAGGAAUACAGAACCAUUGCCAUGGAAACGAAGACUUGAAAUUGUCCUUGGAACUGCUUGUGGAGUUGCCUUUUUGAACAGCAAUGGUGAAGUGCAUCGUGACAUUAAGAGUGCGAACGUGCUACUGGAUGAAAAUUAUGUUCCUAAAGUUGGAGACUUUGCAACAGUUAGGACUGGACCGUCAGGAAGUAGCACAACAGCUGUUGAGACAAUGCAGGUGAUCGGUACCUCCGCCUACAUGGCACCUGAGGCCAUUAGAUUUGAUGUGUCUGCCAAGCUGGACUCUUUUGCGUUUGGUGUGGUUUUGUUGGAGGUUUUGACUGGCCUAGCACCCAAUGACCCGCGACGAGAGGAAGCUGAUCUUUGGAGUUAUGUGCAGGAGUCAUGUGAUGAUAACUGCGACAUAAAAGACCUACUGGACCAAUCAGCAGGGGAUUGGAAUGAGGACAUCGCCAUUGCUCUAUUUAUCAUUGCCCAAAAAUGUCUCCAUGACAAAAAGAAAAAACGAGCUUUAGUGGGAGACAUUCUCCCUGAUUUGCAGCAGUUUGUUCAGAAAUGUUGUCAUGAUACCUUUGUGUAGGAUGAGUUCCUACCUCAAAAAGGAACCAAUUGUUUAAAAGGAACAGACCAAAUAGUAAAAAAUUUGUUCUUUUUCUUGUGAUUUGCAAAUUGUUUUUAAUGAAAUU